CAAACCACCUACCCACCGGGGACCGCACGCAUACAGUAGCGACGUAUUCGUGUUACGAUGGACGAGGCAGCGCUGCUCGAUACAUUGGCGAACACCCUGAACGAUCUUUCUGCGACUCCAUACGAUGUCUCUCUCCACGCUCAGCACAUUCGUAUUGCUCGCUCGCUGCCUGAGAUGGAAGCGCAGGUUCUAUCGGCCCACGAGAUGGCUGCAAACAGCUUGGCCGUCGGGGAACACAUAUGGAUUUACAUUCUCGACGAGAAGGCAGGGCAAAUUGACCUGGAUACUCCGUCAGGAGUGAUGGAGAUGUUGGCUCUGUACGAGCAAGCAGAGAAUGACUUUCUGUCGAUAUCCAUUCUGCAAAAGCAUGUCGAGUUUAUUCUUGAUCGCUUUGCGCACUUUGGAGCUAUCGAGCAGAAGCCGGCGGAGUUGGGCGAACUCUGUUCGAUAGAAUGGACACGCGCAAACCUGAAUGUAGUCGUUGCAAAGGGACUAGGUCAUUUGUCUAAGAGCUACGUUCUUUGGGACAAGUUGAAAGACUGGGAGCUAGAGAUGUUAGAGGCGACCCCUCCAGAUGAAAGAGACGCCGCCGUCAUGCUUCUUGACUCUCUCUUCCUGGCACGUCUCCAACAACCUCAUGCAAAGCACGAAGACACCUAUUCUGCGUAUUCCUCGUUCACCACAACGUACCAAGUUCCAGAAGCCUAUGAAUCUUUUAUGGUUGCAGCCUCUCAACUUCGCGCCAAAGCCGUGAAGGCUUAUGAGCGCCGUGACCGGUAUGAGACAGCGUCGCUCUCCGCCGAUCCUUUGCCUGCGUACCUGUCCUACGUCACUUACGAGCGACGAGCGAAGGUCCCCGACCCUUUUGUAGCUAAAGGUGUUUACGAGCGUGCACUAGCUGAACUAGCUAAGAGGCACAUGUCAUUGAGUGAAGUCACUCAAAGUAGCUCAUCAAAAAUGGAGACAGAGGAAGCUCUUCGCGCAUUAUGGAAUGGGUAUGCUGAUUACAUGCGGACUAGUGCCUUCGAUGAGGUCGAGGAAAUGCAGGUUUUACGUCGUGCAAUACGCAGCGUUCCCGGCUCAGGCGAAGUUUGGGCUCGUUACAUCCGCUUUCUGGAACGCAAACUCGAUCAAGAUGAAGAGAUUGAGGAGGUAGAGAAAGUUACGGAUGCUUAUGACCGUGCUUUCGCCACUGGUCUUUUUAGCAAGGACCCCGCGCAGAUCAUACCCUUAGUCCUUUCCCGAGCUGGCUUCGAAAAACGCCAAUUGGAGGCUCAAAAGAGUGAUGGGGACAGUCUGCUCAAGGUGGUUGAGGACGGGAUUGCCUUGGUGCGCAAAGCGACACCUGAAGGGGACCCGCUCUUCCGAUUGGAAAAGUUCUUAUCUCACCUUUUCAUCUCCCUGGAACUGCCUGACAACGCUAUCGCGCUAUGGCAAGCCACUGCCAAACAUUACAAGUCCAGUUACCUCGCGUGGACCACUUACACUGAUAUUCUCAUAAAAUACGACCGGCACGACGUUGUGCGCUCCGCCUUCCAGGAUGUCAGCACCAAGAACAUCGACUGGCCUGAGGUCAUCUGGGAGGCCUGGCUUUCAUUCGAACACAGUUUCGGAUCGUUGGAUGAGAUUGAGAACGCGAUCGAACGGGUGGAUAAAGCACGUACAAUUGUGAAUGCUAGGCGAGCGAAGGAAGCCGAGCAAGCAGCCGCUCAGUAUGCAGCGCGGUAUCCGGCUGCACGGCCAGAAGCUGAGCAGGCGAUGGACGUUGAUACUCCGGCGCAGGUAGAGGAGCCCGUCGUAGCCGCAUCCACCAAUAGUGGCACAAAGAGGAAGGUAGAAGAUGCAUCAGAACAACCCGUUGGAGAAUCCAGUAAGAAGGCUCGCGUUGAGGCUAAACCAGCGCCUCUCAAAAGGGAUCGAGAGAACUGCGCAGUCUUCAUAUCAAGUCUCCCUUUAGGGACCGACGAAAGUGACCUUAAUGCACUGUUCAAAGAUUGUGGCGAAAUCCGUGGGAUCAAGAUCACAGAACUACCUCAAGCAUUAGUAGCCACUGUCGAAUUUGGAACCCGAGAUAGCGUCCCUGCGGCAUUGACCAAAGACAAGAAACGCAUCCGCGGUGAGGAGAUAGCAGUGCAUCUCGCCUGGCGGUCUACACUCUAUGUGACGAACUUCCCCGAGUCUUAUGAUGAUGCACGCAUCAGAGAGAUGUUUGGCCAAGUCAGUCAAUGUCCCAUGAACGAAAUCAGAUGCUUAAUGGCGUUUUGCCUGCAGUACGGCACGAUCUUUGAUGUUCGGUGGCCAAGCAAGAAGUAUAAAUCAACAAGGCGUUUCUGUUACGUGCAAUACACCGCUCCUGCUGCUGCGGAAAACGCGCUUGUUUUGCACAACUUUGAAGUUGAACCGUCCCGGAAGCUCAGUGUCCUCAUUUCCAACCCAGAACGGAAGAAGGAGCGUACCGAUGCAGAUGCGAACGAAAAGGAGGUGUACGUUGCUGGUCUCAGCAAAUAUACGACGAAAGAAGACCUUAAGGGGGUCUUUAAAACCUAUGGUACGGUCAACGACGUGAGAUUGGUCACGGACAAGAACGGUCAAUCGAAGGGGUUUGCUUUUGUUGAGUUUGAGAGCGAGACCAGCGCCCAAGCUGCCCUUUCAGCAAACAACUAUGAGCUGAGGUCUCGGCGUAUAGCUGUAACUCUGGCGGAUAGUAGAGUGAAACCUCGCUAUCAGGACAGCAAGGACACCGGUCUUGGGCGCCAAGCUGAACUUCAGCAACGGUCUGUUCGGAUACGAAACCUUCCAGCAGGAGCACAAGAAGGUCUUCUGCAGCAGGCGCUGGAGAAGUAUUGUGUUAUCAAGCGCGUGGAAGUGUUCGAGGAUCGUCACGAAGCAGUGGCCGAAUUAGAGAGUCAAGCUGAAGCCGGCAAACUCAUUCUACGAACCGGGCAGAUUGUCUUUAACGGCAAUGCUUUAGAUCUUACCGAAGAAGGCAAGCCCGGAGCGGGAGGCGGCCCAAGCUCGUCUACACGUACGGCCGCUCCCGCUGGCGGUGGAGGCCUCUUUGUGCCUCGAUCUGCUGCGUCGCGCCCGAGAGCCGGGUUGGGACGCGCGAGGAUUCCUGGUGUCGUUGCCCGGCCCGGCACCAAAAGCACUGUGUCAGCGAUCUCCAAUCAGUCCUCUGUGGCUCAAGGUGAGAAAGGCCAGGAUGAUUUCAGAAAGAUGUUAGGAUGAAGUGCUAUUGCUCGUAAAAUGUGUAUAGAUCAACGGAUACGUGAUAUAAACAUAUAUAACGACCACGCUCUCCCCUGUGGAAGUGUCGUAAGCAUAGAACUGUUUG